AAUUAACGAUAAGUUGGCAGCACCGCAGCAGGAAGAAAAGAGAAAAUCAAGUGACGGCGGUUCUGUUUGCUUUCUCACUGCCACCGAGCCCUAAAAUCUCCGCAACGCUUCUUAGAGAGAAGAAGCACUCAUAACAUAACAUAACAUAACAUUUUAGGGUUUAUAAGAAUAAGAAUAAGAGGAGAAGAACCCUACUUGUUUGAUUUCUGCAUCCAAGUGCCAUGUCAAGGAUAUGCGUCAAGAAUCUCCCCAAAAAUGUCGCAGAGGAUCGACUGCGGGAAUUCUUCUCACAGAAAGGAGAAAUCACUGACGUCAAGCUCAUGCGUACCAAAGAUGGUAAGAGUCGUCAAUUUGCUUUUAUUGGAUUUCGUACUGACGAUGAAGCUCAAGAAGCCAUUCGAUAUUUCAAUAGAUCGUAUCUUCAAACAUCUAGAAUUACUUGUGAGGUGGCUCGGAAACAUGGGGAUGAAAAUCUUCCCCGUCCGUGGAGUCGGCAUUCGAAAAAGAAAGGCGACAAAGGCAAUGAAGUGACUGCCCCGGAUGUGGAUAAGCAUGCUAGAGCUAAGGGACAAGGGAAAAUUUUGAAGGAUGAGGGUGUUCAUGUUGAUGACCCGGAGCUUCAGGAUUUUCUUCAGGUCAUGCAGCCUCGGGUUAAGUCCAAAAUGUGGGCGAAUGAUACGGCGGUUGUCAACAAUGUUGGCAACAACAAAGCAGUGUCGAAUGAGGAUAAAGAAGGUGCAUCGGUUGCAAUUGAUCAGAUUGACUCGUCUGAAGAUGGGUUACCUGAUGAUUCUGAACCCAGCAAGUCACGUGAGCUUGAACGUGAGGAAGUUGUUUCUGAUAUGGAUUAUUUUAAGAGUAGGGUGAGGACAGAGUGGUCUGAUUCUGAAAGUAGUGAUGAUGAAGAUGGUGAUGAAGAUGAUGAUGAUAAUGAAAAUGACGACAAAGAUGAUCGUAGUGAUGCUAGUGAAGAUGAAGAAAAUUGUGAUUCAAAAAAUGGUGCUCAAGAGGUUGACCUAGAGGGCCAAGAAGAUACUUGCAGAGAGGAUGUUACCCAUGAAAAGACUCAAGAGAAGGCUACUGAGCAAGGGGGGCAGUUAUCAAAACCAGAAGACAGGAAAGGAGUCAUUGAGUCCUGUCGGUUGUUUGUCCGUAAUCUGCCAUAUACAACUACUGAGGAGGAACUGGAAGAACAUUUCAAUCGCUUUGGUAGCAUCUCACAGGUUCAUCUGGUUGUUGACAAAGAUACAAAACGAUCCAAAGGAAUAGCAUAUAUUCUUUACACAGCUCCAGAAUUUGCAGCCAGGGCUUUAGAAGAGUUAGACAAUUCAAUCUUUCAAGGAAGAUUAUUGCAUAUAAUGCCAGCCUUACAAAGACAUUCAGAUAAUCAAGAGAACAAUGAUUUGAAGGACCAAAAAUCUAAAACCCUUAAACAACAGAGAGAGGAAAAAAGGAAAGCAGCUGAAGCUAGUGGAGAUACUAGAGCAUGGAAUAGUCUGUUCAUGCGCCCUGAUACAGUUGUGGAAAAUAUAGCUCGGAAAUUUGGGGUUAAUAAAAGUGAUUUACUUGACCGAGAAGCUGAUGAUCUUGCUGUACGUAUUGCUCUGGGGGAGACUCAAGUGAUUUCAGAGACAAAAAAGGCAUUUAAAAAUGCUGGAGUGAAUGUGGAUGCUUUGGAGGCACUUGCUAAUAAUAAAAUAGAUGGCUUAAAAAGAAGUAAUCAUGUGCUAUUAGUGAAGAACUUGCCAUACGGUUCUACAGAAAAUGAACUUGGAAAGUUGUUUGGGAAAUUUGGUAGUUUGGAUAAAAUAAUUCUCCCUCCUACGAAGACAUUGGCACUGGUUGUUUUCCUUGAACCAGCAGAAGCUCGAGCAGCUUUUAGAGGUUUAGCUUACAAGCGUUACAAGGAUGCUCCAUUAUACUUGGAGUGGGCUCCUUCCAAUAUUCUUAGUCAAAGUUCAACAUCUAAAAAUAAUGAAAUGAAUGGUGCAAUUGGUGAAAAUGAUGCCAAGAGGCAGAUAUUGGAGCAACACGUGGAAAGAAUAUCAGAUGUAGAUAUUGAUCCUGACAGAGUAGAGGCUCGGUCACUGUUUGUCAAGAACCUAAAUUUCAAGACAACAGAUGAAAGUCUGAAGAAACAUUUUAGUGAACUCAUGAAAGAGGGAAGAAUUUUGAGUGUCAAGGUGAAGAAACAUUUAAAAAAUGGGAAAAAUGUUUCUAUGGGAUUUGGAUUUGUUGAGUUUGACUCCCCUGAAACUGCUACAAAUGUUUGCAGAGAUUUACAGGGGACAGUUCUGGACAGCCAUGCUCUUAUUUUACAACUUUGUCAUGUCAAGAAUGAUGGGCAAAAACCAAAGACAGUUGAGAAGGAUAAGAGUUCAACAAAAUUGCUCAUAAAAAAUGUUGCUUUUGAAGCAACAGAGAAGGAUCUGAGACAAUUGUUUAGCCCAUUUGGCCAGAUUAAAAGCUUAAGGUUGCCAAUGAAGUUUGGAAACCAUAGAGGCUUUGCUUUUGUAGAGUAUGUUACUCAGCAGGAGGCACAGAAUGCCCUCAAAGCACUUUCAAGCACCCAUCUCUAUGGGAGGCAUCUGGUGAUAGAGAGAGCGAAGGAAGGUGAGAGUUUGGAAGAACUGCGGGCCAGAACAGCUGCCCAAUUUAGUGAGGAACACAAUGGAUUAUCCAAGAAAAGGAAGCACGUUGACAUCUUAGACGAAGGAAAGAUGAAGUUUGGAAGGAUUGCUGACUAGUACGCCUCCAAAGAUCUGAACAGUUUUGUGCAUAUGUCCCGAAAAUUCAGGGACCAUAAUUUUGUCAUAGGUUCUUAGUUAUGUAACAUGCCAUGGUGCCCCUUAUGAUCUCGAGUGUUAAACAGCUUUUAAGUUUAUGUUUCUAUUCUUUAACCUUAAUUCCAUCUCCCUUGAUAUUUUGUACACAUUUAUUAAACUUCUAUAUUCCAAUAUAUUAUUCCAUUUUCACAUUUA